GUUGAACAGUCUUCUUUCCUAGAUAUCUACUCGAGUGAUAGUCGCAUACUUGCUCACUUUUAAUCACCUAUCUAAUUUCCCCAGGGUAAAAUAUCGCCAAUAUGCCGUGCACCUGUAAACGCUUCACGUUCCGUUACGCUUGUCGUCAUAAGGAGCGCGAGUUCGAUAGAUGCUGGAGAUACCAAUUCAAGAAGGAUUUCCCGUGCCUCGGCGGGGUAGUCUCAAAGUGCGAGUCUCAACCCACACGCAUUCCUGUAUCUCGGGUGUGUAGCAAAUGCUUCGAAUUCUUUCUUCAUGCAUUUGGUAGGAAGGCUGCUUAUCAUGUAAGUAAAAGAUUUCUCGAGUUCAAAGGCAAUAAUGGACUCUCAAAGGAGGUCCUUGACCCUUCAAAGGUUCCUCUUGAGGCGUACAUCUCAUCAGCAGAGUUGGCUACGCUAGAUUCUACUGUCGUUUAUAGGGGUGGACAGUCGAGUGGACAGCCGUUUCGUCCUAGAAGCCCGAUGAGAGCAAUCCGUUCUCACAAUCUUCCAUCGCCUGAUAUUCAACAACCAGAGCCUGUUAUCUAUCGUAACAGACAUGGUGAUCGUUCGAAGUCCCGGUCAAAGUCCCGGUCAAAGCCACGCAAGUCUUCCAAAAGGAACCCAAUCCCGAGGAAGCCAGUUCCCACUCAGGGUAAAAUAUCCAAGCGUAACAUCUCUCAACCAACGAUCCACCGUCCUCUGCCAGAUAUGAAUCCCAUGCCAUCGGGGAACAGUGACUUCGAAUCCUUCCCAGCCAUACCAAAUGAUGCAGUAGUGGAGCACGGGACGAACCAGACUAUCGAUCUUUCAGACCUUGUUGACAACGAACGCGAUGAUCACCUUGACCACGACACAGUCAAUCACGGCAGAGUCUCCAAUCGCAAUUUUGACCAGGAAUUGCUUCUCCGCCUAACACAAGUAUCUGAGGAACCCCGUCCCAAACCCUCGAAUGGCUCACUUGCAAAGAAAAUCACUAAGAUGGCCAAUACGACUAAGAUCAUGGGCUGUCUAAACCCAGAUCAGAAAGACUUGCCGAGCGUGCCCACGUUGGAAAAAGCGCCUAAGGUCCCUACCUGGAGAAUCGAAACCCCGAGCCCUGAGCCUAGCAUAGUUAGCACCGACAGCAAAGGUAAAAUUAAACAAGGCCGCAGUAAGAGUGCGCAGCCUCUGUCACGUAAGCGGGAUCUUUCACCACUUCCCAUGAUGCCGGUUCCAGCCACGGCCACGGCCACUACUUAUAUGUUCCGGGCUCGAGCCUCGUCCGAGUCGCUAAAAGGUGACGUGGACGCCUCUUUGCGCGAUACCCUCCAGAUUCCACCGCCACCAAACACGGCUAAUCUGAAGAGCUUCCGUGAAAAGGGGAUCCCCUCUGCCGCUGUCAUGUUCGAAGGAAACACCGGAGAAAAGGUAAAGACAGUUGAGAAGUCCCCUGCCAUUCUGGUUUCUGUCAGCACACCUUCACCAGCUUAUUCGUGCGCUGUGCAAUCGUGUUACUGCUCUGAAGGGGAUAAUGCUCAGACAUGUCCUAGCUGUCUCGAAAGGAAGAGAUUGGAGCCCGAAUUGCAAUCGAAGUGGGUGUAAAGCAACUUGAUAUGAAGGUAGGAAAGGGU